AUGAAUUCAAGCAAACAUUGUAUCAAAGAAUGGUUAAAAAAUUUUAUACAUUUAGGUAAAGCUUGGUACUGUGAUUAAACUCAUUAUAUUAAUUUGGUUUAAUCAUCUAAGAAGGUUAAAAUUAAUGAAGUAAUGACUAAUCAGAAGGGAUCUUUGAAGUUUAGACUUGAAAUUGAAGAAUUCUAAAAUAAUAUAUUAGUUACUUAAGAAGGUAGAACUAUUUGUUAUAUAAAUUUAAUUAGAUGA